AUGAAAUAUGGCGAAGUUUAAUAGUAUCAUUAAACGUUUUUGCUCGAAAUAACUUUUGUUUACAUUAACGCGAAUUUAAGUAAGCUAAUUAUCUAAAUUUGUCGCAGCUAAACUCCGUGUCAGUGCGUGAUUUUUUAAAAACCUUUCCACCAGAGUUAAUACGCAGUCAGAAAGUUUGAACUCAGGUUUACCAGUAUUAUUAUUUCUCAACACACAGCAGUCUCCUUGACUCCCCUCCAGCCUUCUGCCAUCCCUCUCAUGAGGAUCCAGAGCUGACCUUUCUCCAGGAUGGAGGUGGCCACGCCUGUCCCGCAGACGCUAUCGGAGCCCCAGAGGAAAGGGACGUCUCUGCCCCUGAGCCAGCUGGUGGAGCAGACCAGGAGCAAAGCCCUCCCAAAUCAUCUGCUGGAUUCAAAAAUCUACGCCAGGCUGAAAAGUAACAGUCACAUCGAAGCAGACCCCGCUGAGCUUCACUUCAGCGGCUUUGAGCUUGGGAAGAGUUACACCAAGACCGUGAAUCUAAUCAACAUUUCAAAUGCACCGGUGAAUAUUCACAUAAUUCCAACUCUAACGAAGCACUUCCAGACAACUUACACCAAAAAGGAUCGGCUCAUCCCCGGCCUGGCCUACACUGUGAAUGUUGCGUUCUGCCCAGAGGAUUGGCAUUACUUCAGCGACUGCAUCCGUGUUCACUGCAAGGAUGAAGAGAACCUGUUCAUUCCAGUCCAUGCUUACCCUGUCAUCAAUGACCUACACAUCCCCACUCACAUCGACUUCUCUGCCAUACCGCUCGGACAAAGUGUUCGUCAUGUAAUUCCCCUGAGUUGCAGCUGUCCAGUUGACUUUGAGUUUCAGGUGUACGUUAUUCAGCCACAUGAUGCCUACUCCAUUCACCCCCUCACAGGUGUGAUACCAGCCAAUGGGGAAGUUCUGAUGACGGUGACGUUCUGUCCUCUCCAGUAUGAGACGUCUCAGUUCACCUUCCAGCUGGUCGUCGCACAUUUCAACACCAAGCCCUACUUGUGCACCAUCACCGGGUUCUCCAGGCCCAAUUUACCUCUCAGACAACCACAUGUCAGAUUUGGAGCCAUAGAACACGGAGGUCGUCCUACGCCACCACCUUCUGGACGUAAAAGCAAGCAGACCUCAGUCAAGGAGGCUGACAAAUUAAAGGCAGUAAAAGAUGAGGCGGAUGUUCCCCAACCAUCUUCCAUGGAUGUCUGUAGCCCUGGAGGGGUGGCGAAAAUUCUCAUCAAAGACACGACCUUUUCCUGCGGCAGUACGAAAGGAAAUAUAAACAGUCAGAUGAAAGAGGCUCUCUUCAUGAAAAAGGUUCAGCAGGCUACCGAGGAGGAGCAAUACAAGUAUAUCAAAAGCCAAGUUUAUCUAGGUGUGGAGUCGGUGUCGAAGAAAAGGCAGCAGCAGAUACUGGAGGAGAGAGAGACAGCUCUGCAGGAAUACAUGGUCAAAAAAAAAGAUGAGAGGCAAGAUGAAGACUUCGCUCCCAGGCAGACCCAACUAUCGACUAAGCGGAUGCUUCGAGACCACAAACAGGAUCGAGACAAAGUACCGGUCUUCCAGUUGUACACCAGCAUUUACUGGGACCUGAGACAGAGAACCCUCACACUUUUCCAGCAGGCAGCUCGGAAGGUGGUGAUCCGAUGCCGCAUGCAGCGCAGACUGGCCUCUUUAAAGAAACUGGUGGACAGUAUAAAGAAGGAUCCCUCCAUGGAGAACGCUAAGGACAGAGCAAGUGUCAUAUCUCUAGACAAUGCGUUGACGUCAUCUUUCCCAUAUUCCCCCCAAGAGGACAAUUCCACGGCUCUCAGGGAUUUUGUGGCUCUGCCUGUGGAUCCUAUCGAUGUGACCGUGAAAGCACAAAUUUCUUUCUUCAACCUCCAGGUUCCCCAGCACUAUCAGCUGAUGGGUUACCGAUCCACUUCUCCCUGGGAAGCGUUUAGCUCCUAUUGUCCCACUACACUGGCCAGACGUCUUCGUGCUGGAGCGCCGGAAGUGCAGGGUCCAGGCGAAGAGGAAGAUAGAAUGAUGGAUCAGGAGACUGCUGGACUCUCCUUCACGGCUCUUGAAGCUCUCAUCAGGCCUUUCAAUGCAAAUUCUCUCAAAAUCUUUAACCUAACUGCUGGACUCUCCUUCACGCCUCCUGAAGCUCUCAUCAGGCCUUUCAAUGCAAAUCCUCUCAGAAUCUUUAACCCGACCCCGGGCCUUCAGGCUUUUAAACUGCAGCCCAAGUACCUGGAGAGCGACAUGGAGGUUCACCUCUGUGCUCUGCCGAAGUUUGCACUGUGUGAGAACAACAAAUCUGGCUCAAUGCCACCAACUCCACAGGCUCACUUUCUCCAUUACCAGGAAAUAACCGGCUUGAACAUGAAACAGAUGUCCGUCCCAAUCACCAAUACUGGCUCUCCUCGUAGGUCCAUCGACUAUGAUACGGACAUCCUUCCCCUCUCUGCUCCUCCUCUUCUCCCUGGUCUCCCCGAUGAUUAUCAUCUGCAGCUAACAGAGUCCUCGUGUGAAGGUCCAGGAAUCCAGCUGACGCCAGAGAUGAUCAGAGCCGAGUUCCCGUUGAGGAAAGCUCCCGUCUCCAAUGGCAACCACACCAUAGGGAUAAUACCCAGGCUGGAGGUGAUCUACACAUCUGACAUCAACCAGAUGCAAACAAGACUGAUGUCCAGACUGGAAGAGCUCACAGAAGAGGAGCUUGAAUAGGCAAAAAGGCGCUGCACACACACAUACACACAUCAUCUUCAGGAAUAAACACUACUGCUUUCCUCCGGAGGCACAUUAUUCAGCAGCCAUCCUACUCAGCCUCGUGCAAGACUCUCCUUUGUCUGUUUUUGCCACUUCUGUAAAAUGAAACCCAGUUACUUUGGCGCCCACCUGUAAGGCUUCUUCCUGCCCACUCAGAAUUGCCUAUAAGCCUCCCUUCUGAGCUCUCAGAAAGGCUGGAAGUGUGUUAUCCCUCCACCUACUUGAUCCAGCAGAGGCACAGCCACAGAAUGUUCCAACAUCAGCUCUUAACAGCUUCAUUUUAACUGAACUAUUCAUGACUUAAACUGAAUUUUAAAAAUAAAAAAAUUUCUUUAGGUCUGA